AUUCAGUAACAAAUAUUAUUAUUUUUCAAGUUAGGGAUUAAAUUUGAUGUUGGAGGCAUUGUUUAAAACGCCGUCACGAAACGACGUCGCUUUGGCAGAACGGCAUCUUUUUACCUCCAGCACCCUAUUCACUUUUCAACUCUCGACUCUCAUCCUCUCUCCCUAUACUCUUCAGAUGGCAUUGUCUUCUUCUUCGUCAAAGGGAUGGUUGAGCAAUCUCCCAUCAAAAGCCUCACGAAUCUACUUCUUCCUCAUCAUACUUCAGAUCCCUCUUUUCAGAGUCCCAUGUAGAUCUGGAAUGUGUACAACACCACUGCAGGUUACAUCUUCCCAGUUGAUUGCAAGUGAGAUCUUUCCUGUACCUUUAGUGAAGGGUCUUCUCUAUCCUGGAGCCAUUGUGAAUGGCCUCGUCAAGAAUAUGACUAUUCCAAGAUGGGAUGACAUUCUAAACAUCUAUAAUUUGACAAGUGUGAAAGAAGCCCCUGCAGUAGCUGAUCUCCAGCGCUUGGAGGUUCUUGCAGGAAGCUAUUUCUCUGUGGCAGGAGCACUCUUGGGUGUCUUAAAACCAGGGAGGAUGAGUAUGUUUGGGACACUUCUGGUGAUUUGGGGCCUUGUCAAAGAAGGGAUCCUUGGGAAGCCUGCAAACACUGAUCCUACAAGAGCUGUUUAUGUCUACCCCACAAUGUUGGUAGCCCUUAUAUGUGCCUUCUCCUCUGUAAAGUAUGAUGUAAAGAAGGUUGUGAGGAGUGCUCCUGUUCGACCCAUUGCAAAACCGCUGCAGAGCUCUUCAAAGUCUAAGCUGAAAUGAGUUGGGAUGUACUACUUUUUGGAAACCAUUCUCUGCUUGUUGAGUUAAAACUGUUUAUUUUCCUCCCAAUCAUCGUUCUCCAGGUUCAUUGAUGGGGAAACUUCUGAUUA